GUAAUGGCACCCAUGGUGGGCGCCAGUGACUUUGCCUUUCGCUGCCUUUGUCGACAACACGGGGUCGAUCUCACCUACACGCAAAUGAUUCACGCCAAAAAUUUAUUGGGGGACAACACCUUUUCCAAAUCCCAUUUGGACAUGCAUGAACAUCGUAGUUUGCCCCCCGAGCUGAAACCCUUCACAAAUGGUCCCUUGAUGGUACAACUGGCUGGUAAUAGUGUGGAUAUGGUCUUGCGAGCGGCUCAAUACGUGCUAGAUCAGACGGACGGCAAGGUGGAUGGUUUUGAUCUCAACUGCGGCUGUCCGCAGGGUAUUGCCCGCAAAGGUCGCUACGGCGCUUUUUUGAUGGAAGAAGACACGGAUCUGGUUUGUCGCAUUCUCUCCGCACUACGCCAAGAACUACCCGCGAACAUUGCCGUAUCGGCUAAAAUCCGCUUACCAGUCACGGAUGAAAUGCUCGUUGCUCGGAUGCCCAAACUGUUGGAUACGGGCGUCGACUUUAUGACCAUACAUGGUCGGACCCUGCACGAAAAUAAAACCAAGGUUCGCGGCGUCCACACCGAUCGGAUUAGAUUAGCUAUCGAGACGGUCCAUAAGCAACGGCCUGGGUUCCCCAUUGUGGCCAAUGGUGGUGUCGAGCACAUGCCAGACGUGGCCAAUCUACAAGCUCGUACCGGUGCCGUGGCUGUCAUGUCCAGUGAAUCCUUGCUGGAGUUCCCCAACAUUUUUUCCAUCGAUACGCGCAAGCUGACCCCGCGACAAAUUCUGGAACAGCAGAUUGGAUUUGCACGCGAUUACCUGGGCUGGUGCCGGGUGUAUCCUCCUCUACCGGGAGUCGCGGGCAAUGGAGGUUCUUUCAACGCUAUCAAAGGCCAUCUAUACAAGUUUCUCCACCGGUAUUUGCAGGAAUUUCCGGAGUUAAGGGACGAAAUGACGUACAUGACGACGCUGCAGCAGUCCAUUGAUUUU